UUAAACACAACAACAUUGCCAGAAUAUUAGGAAGUGGUUGACAAGUGCAGAAAAGAUGAAGGUUAUACUAGCAUGUGCUGGAAUUCUCCUCCUUUGCACCACUGUUGCCUGCUCUAGGGUGCAAGCUAAAGAGAAUUUUAACAUCAAAAAGUUCAAAGGUUUAUGGUAUGGAAUUGCAAUGGGUAGUGAUUGCGAUUGGUUCAAGAACCAGAAAAAAAGUAACGAGAUGUGCGCUGCAAUCAUGAAACCUAAAGAUAAUGACGACUUGAAAGUUAUACGUACUACUUCAAAGGCUCUCAACUGCAAAACAGUUAAAAAUACUUUCAAGAAAACUGAGCAGCCAGGCGUGUUUCAUUUCCAUAGCACAUGUUGGGGCGGGGACAGUGAAAUCUACAUCACAGAUACAGACUAUGAAAGAUACGCUCUUAUCUACGUUAACAUGACGGAAAAACGAAUGAGCUGCACCUUCAUGAAGUUACUGGGAAGAAGUAAAACAGUUGAUCAAACUUACAAGGACAAAUUUGAGCAACUGGUUGAAAAGUCUGGGCUAGAUAAGAACAUCAUUGAAUACUUGAAUCCAGAUGAUAUGUGUCCACCACCUCCACCAGAGAAAGAAUUUGUAUUCUGUCAAGACUACAGCUGCAUUGUAAACCCACUGACAAACUUGUUUCAUUCAGUUGUGGAUUCCAUUACGUCAUAAAGUCGUUCACAGUGUCAAAGCUCUUCUACACUGCUCAUGAUUCAACAUCUUACACGUUUAACCUGCUCAAAUAUUAAAACAUGAUUCUGUUAUUUCUUGUUGUGUUACAUUAUGCAGCUCUAUAACCAAUAAAGGUUUUUGUUUCUUUUA